AUGCUCAACUCCUCCUCUGUCGUCGUCGUCGUCGUCGAGGCGAGCGAGGCGGCAGAGACCCCGUCCGCCCGUGCGUCUGUUGCCUCCGAGGCGGUGGCGGCAGGUCCGGCAAUCCGUGCCAUCCUGCAGGACCAAGCCAUUCUGGCCCACUUGCACGCCUUCCUCGGCCGAGCCGGCCAACAGGAACCGCCUCCGUUCGAUCCGCUGACGGCCGGACAGCUGGUCGAUUUUCUGUUCGCCGGCCGCGGCUUUCGUUCCGCGCAGGCGGCCGGUCGCGCGAGCCGAAGUGACAAGCACGUGUGGUGCCUCGGCCGGGCCAUUUGUCGGGCCUACCUGCGUCGGCCAAAGUCGGAUCGAUACGCCUCUGACGCGGCCGUCUCGGCCGACUGUUUCAGUCGGCCCGUCCGAGAAGCCGUCUACGCCGCGCUCGUGCAGACCCGGCCGGGCGCACGACGGACCGACGACGAAAGGGCGGCUCGCCUGCCGAGGAGGGUGGAGAGGCCGCGUGUCCGCCGCUUGACUGGUCGCCUCUUCGAGGAGGCCAGUCGCGAAGCCGAGGCCUGGCUGGACGCGAAUGUGGUGCCAUUUUUUCGGAUUUACUGCUCCCGCCUCGCUCAGACCCGAUCGCCGCAAGCCGGCCGACACUCCGCCUCGGAGUCGGAUGCGUAA